UGGUGCUUUAUCCACCCUGUCCCGCUCUGGGUAAAAGGAAACCCUAAACUCUCCGGCUCAACCAGCUUCACCCUCUUCUCAUUUCUUUCCCUCCCUUUUCACACACCCUCAUCACACACCCGUCGGACGUGUGCGCACUCAGGACAAGAAUGGCAGCAUCAUCUGCACCAACGACAAACAGCCCCUACAAAAUGAUGGCUUUCGCUUUGCUUCUAUUACUCUGCAACGGAGCCAUGGCACAGGAAGAUGAAGCAGAGGCACCAACACCUGCUUUGGCAGAGGGAUAUGUACGAGGAGAUAUGAUACCACGGACAACUGUAGCGCCUGAUACAGGUGAUUCACAAGAACAAGUCCAAGUUCUGCCCAGUUUGGAGCCCACGGACAAUAAUGAGUCCACACCAGGGGCAGCAGUGACUGAGGCAGCUCCAGAGGAAGCAGGUGGCAAGGGGACCGAUUUUACAGUGCAGGUUCUGACUGACAAACCCACUGUUGUAGAACCUCCUGCCAGAGGCGACGGCAUACCACAGCCAGUUCCACAAGACGAUGUGGUCUGUGUCAGCAAAGAAGCCGUUCAGGACAAAAACGCUGUCAGUCUGAAACUCAGAGCAGUGUCCAACUGUGAAGACACAAAGAUGAGGAUUCAAAGCGUUCUGAAGGAGUUGUGUGGUGAAGACUGUAAACUACAGCUGUACCAGGAGGACAACACAGAUGAAAUCCUUGUCUCUGGACAGUAUGUUGAAGCUGAUGUUGGAGGCAUGGCCAACAAGUUUGACAAUGACAACAUUAAAGAUAAGACCAACGUGGAGGAGGCCGUUCCUCGUUGGGGAAAGAACUCUAAGUUGGUUCUGGUUUCCUUGCUGCUGGCCGGUCUGCUGCUGGCUGCGCUGCUGGUCGCUGGAUAUUACCUCAAAACCCACCGCAAAAACUCCAAAGGAGUCAGACUGGCUGAGUCUUUCCAAGUGGACGAGGAGAACCAAGCCAACACUCUGGUGUCAGUGGCCCCCCUUCCUCAGGAGCCCCUCGACAAACCCACCGCCAACGGAGAAUCUCCUCCAGAAAAUGGGACCAACCCGGCCCCCACCCCCGCUCCGGCUCCCACCACUAACGGACACUCUGCCACCCAGACCCCAGUGGCCGACACAGAGAUGUGAAUACUGACACCGACUGCCUCCUGUUAAACCCUUCACCCACUGGGACACCUGCAAACCCUCACCCUCUGCUGCCUCAGAGACCGUCCACACACUGAGAGAAAUUCAACACAAAUCCAUUGCAUGAAUGACCCCACCACCACCCCACUCCACCCUUUCCUCAACUCAGCCUGCGCCUCUAGGGAUGCCAAUGAGAACGACGAUGAAACUCGUGACUCUGACCAUAUCAGACAAUGCCUGUAAUGUGAAAAGUUUUGGGAACGCUGACCUUCGCCGGUGUCAAAAGGAGCCUUCAUAUGCUGUAUUCGGGACUGAGACUGAUGAGCAGGGCACUGAAUAGGCUUCAUUUGUUGCCCUGAGUUCAGUCUUGUAGUAACAAUCAUUGUACAAUUACCAAAAUAAUGUCAAAUAUGUGAAGAGCAGUGAAUGCAGUAUUUGUCUAAACCACAACUGUGGUGCCACACAAACCAAUGAAACCAGGCAGUUGAAAGGAGACCAGUUUUUGUACUGUUGUAAAAAGGACUUACACUCACUGCUUGUUUGUUUUUUUUUGUUUUUUUUUUGUAUAAUUGAUUCAGGAUGUGUUUUCUAUUUUUUGUAGCCUCUAUACUUCCACAAACCUUGUUAAGACCAAAUAAAGUUUGAGCAGGGCAAUAAAGAAAAAAAGUCAAAGGAUCUAUUAAGUUUGAAUUUUCUGUAAUUUACUAUGUUUUACCACAGUUGUUGCCAAACUAUAAAGUGUCUCCAUAGAAAGGUUGCUUGUAUUCUUUAUAGAAACCGCAUUAGCAAGUGAGCUUAGAUACUUUCUGACCUCUGUGCAAAUUUUAAUUGGGAUAGGCUGUAAAGUACAUUUCUAUUUUACAUGUUGGUUUUAAUGAUGACAUUAGUGUACAGAUUUUUCUUGAACAAAUCCAGACUUUUCCUAAUGUCACCACUG